AUGACCGACCCAGUGCCUCGAAGCGCAAAGUCAGUCAAAAGUCGCCUUGACACGAUCCAUCAGACAGAUGACUCCGGCAAGAAAUUGCCUAAUCUCUCCAAAGUGCAGUCUCACUUUCUAGUCCCAUCAGACAAGCUAGAUAAAGUAACAAGGCGCGUCAUAGCUCCUUAUGCCCAGAUAGAAAGAAAGGGCCUAAAAGAAGACGAGACUAAAGAAGGAACAUAUUUAGACAUUAAUAGAUUUAAUAUAUUUUUGGAGGAUACAAUCGACCUUGAUUCUUUAUUUUAUGAAACGGCUAAUGUGCUUAAGGCGGUAACUAAUAGCUCAGGUGUUUUCGUGUACAUAGUAAACAAAGUAAAUAAUGAAAUCGUGCUCAUGUCUCCAACCACCAAGAAUCCUGAACGUUACGAAAUCAACAUACCUAUUGGAGAGGGUAAAAUAGCAGCAGCACACGUGGCAGCAACGAAAGAAUAUUUGCUCAUUGAGGAUGUACAACGUGACAGACGUUUCGCUGAAGGUCUGAAGUGGGUGGACGCGAAGGUAGCCCUCUGCAUGCCCGUGAUAAAACCGGAUGGCGACUGCUAUGCUGUACUUGAGCUGUACCGGUGUCAUGCUGAACCUUAUGAUCAAAAUAUAGUGUACACAGUGGUAAGUGUAGCUUGCUGGGCAGGCGCCGCGGUCCACCAGGCACAAGCUCGCAUCACCUUACAGCGUACAGCUCAUCUCAAUCAGGAGUUACGGUCGCUCCUGCAGAACUACUUCUGCGACCUUGCUUCUAUUGACACUAUGCUCACUGAUAUGCUGGCAGUAGUGAAAUCUUUUAUCGGUGCUAUGCGGAGCAGUUUCUUCAUAAUAGAUAAAGACAAUGUUGGCGAACAUCUGUUAGCUGAUAUGUGGGACGAUGGAUGGAGUUCUGAAAAAUCUUCAAUACCAAAAAAGAAAAUAAAAGUUAAUCUCAGCCAAGAACAGACUCCAGCAGGUCUGGUUGCCAAAACCGGGGAAUCAUUGAACAUUAGAGAUGCAUACAAAGAUCCGAGGUUUUCGAAAGAAAUCGAUCCAACCACUGGCGUUGUUGUCAGAUCUUGUUUGGUUUCACCAAUCGUUGACAAGAAUGGUGUUAUAGGGGUUGUCCAACUUACAAACAAAACAAACGCACAGCCAUUCGACUCGGAAGACGAAGUUAUAUUUCAAGUGUUUAUCAACUAUUGCUCGCUCAUAGUGCACUUCUAUAACAUGCAGCAGUACAAAAUAUUUCACGAAAACCUAAAUAAAGUAUUCCGUGAUUUGAUGAAACUGCAUCUAGCACCGUGUCGUCAUGACAUAGAUGAGAUCAUGGAAACAAACGGUAUGGUGUUACCGCCCCAUAAUUUUAAAAGUUAUAACUACCACAUCAGCGAAGGUAGCAAGGAAGAUAUGCCGGGACUGAUUUGCUACAUGUACGUCGAAACAUUCGCGGACAGACAGUUUGAAAGGCAGAACUUAGCUGAUUUCUCUUUGACAAUCUUGCGAUGUUACAGAAGCAAUCCUUAUCACAACGCGGAACACGCGUUUUGUUUUACGCAUACCAUGUAUUUAAUAUUGAUAAAUAAUCCUGGAUACUUCGAUUUUGUUGAGACAGCAGCACUAAUGCUGGCAGGGCUUUGCCAUGAUCUCGACCACCCUGGAUACAACAAUAAUUUCCUAUCGUUGUGUAAACACCCGUUGGCUCAAAUGUACAAAUCUUCAAUGUUGGAAUACCACCACUAUUUCCUGGCUAAGAAAAUCGUUGAGGAUAAAAACUUGCUAAGUAUGUUGUCGAUAGCCGACCGAGACCGGAUCAUGCAAGAGAUGAAAUAUGAUAUCCUAUGCACCGACCUAGCCGUCUAUUUUCAAGUAAGGGCGCAGCUCACUCCGUUGUUAGCCGAACGUUCAUUCGACUGGGCUGAUAAUUCGCACCGAAAAUUGUUAAAGGGCAUUUUAAUGACGACUAGCGAUUUAUCGGGCUGUUGUAAGCCCUUCGGCGUGGCAAAAGCAAUUGCAGAGGCAGUUUACGAAGAGUUUUAUAAUCAGGGCGACCAAGAACGUGAGAUGGGCUACACGCCCCUCAGUAUGAUGGACAGACGGCGCAGUGUCAACCAGCCGGCGGAACAGAUACAGUUCCUGUCGGUCGUUGUGGUGCCAUGUCUGUUGUUGUUGCAAAAUAUAUUCCCUAACACGAGCCCACUCACAGAUAAUUGCAGAAAAACUCAGGAAGCUUGGCACGAAGAAAUAGAAAUACGCGGUCAAAAGUUAUGGAGACAAGACGAAGCCAUUCCCAGGACGAGAAGCCGACCCUUCUUGAAGGUCACUGAUUAAUUAAAAAUGUAUAUCGAACAAAUAAA